GAACUUCAUGAAAGCCGGAAUUGUUAAAUUCAAAUUUUAAAAACUAUCGUCAAUCAAGUAUUUUGAUUUAAAUCUAAAUCAACUUUUUUAAGUACAACUUUUUUUUGAAAACAGAUUUUUUGUAAAAAAAAUCAGUAACAAUAAUUUUGUUUUUUUUAAAUUUACCAUGAGUACAAUACGAGUCAACAUUUUCUGUUUGACCAUUUUUCUUAUAAUCAUUGUUUGCAAUUCGUUCAGUUAUUUCGACAUUGUACAAGAUCCUGAUCUUGUUGGCAAACAACUAGCUUGCAUUAAGGGAUUAAAAGAAUGUAGUGCCUUGGAAGAAGAAAAUAGAGCAUUGUUUAUAAAAUAUGCAUUAAAUAAAUGUCAAGAGUGUACUGAAAAUGAGCACGAAAAAAUUCGACUUUUCGUUUGGUAUUUGUCAAAUUAUUAUCCAGCAGUUUAUGAAGAUCUACAAAAUCUCGCAACACAAUUAGCCUCAUCAUAUUAUGCAAAUCCAAAAUAUUUCAUUGGUUAAUUUUCACUCAUCAAUUUUUUCCAAAAAAAAUGUUAAAAUUUCAAAUUUA